AGCGUAAUCUAUUGAGGGAGCUACUGAGGGACUAUAACCGUAUGGAGAGACCUGUUGCCAACGACUCUCUACCACUCACUGUCCGAUUCUCCUACACUCUCUUACAAGUCAUGAAUGUGGAUGAGAAAAAACAGAUCCUCACCACUAAUGCCUGGCUUCAGAUGCAAUGGUUUGACCACUACCUUCAGUGGAACCAGUCAGAGUACCCAGGAGUGAAAACCCUUCGCUUCACUACUGACCAGGUCUGGAUACCUGAUAUACUACUGUACAACAGUGCCCAUGAUAAAUUUGAUGCCACCUUUAAGAGCUAUGUGCUGGUCAACUCCAGUGGAUUCUGUGAGUACCUACCUCCAGGUAUUUUCAGCAGUGUGUGUAAUGUUGACGUGCGUUGGUUUCCAUUUGACAUCCAACGGUGUGAGCUGAAGUUUGGCUCGUGGACGUUUGACGGCUGGCUGCUGGACCUCCAGAUGCAGGAGGCUGACCUGUCAGGAUACAUGUCCAAUGGAGAGUGGGACCUGCUGGGUGAGAGAGCUCUGUCUGCCCCCGACCCAGGUGUACCAGGUGAUCGUCAUGAGAUAUUUUAUGAGUGCUGUACAGAGCCCUACUCUGAUGUGACCUUUGUUGUGACCCUACGGCGGAGAACUCUGUUCUACGCUCUCAACCUCCUCGUCCCCUGUGUUCUCAUCUCCUCCUUGACACUGCUGUUGUUCAUACUGCCAGCCCGAUCAGGGGAGAAGAUCGGUCUGGAUUGA